ACCAUGAGUUGUCCCGAUACAUUUUCAGUUGUGGUGUACACUCAGUGAUGAGUACAUUGCCUUUCAUUAUACUGUUCUAUUUUUGCAUAUGUUUGAAAUUUUCCAGAAUAAAAGAUAAAGUUAAUGUAAACUAUAAAUAGAAGGAAUUUUUAAUCAAAAAUAGGAACCAAAAAAAGUGUGAAAAUAAUUAGAAACAACACCAUCUCCUUGACUCAUUUCCUGUUCCCCACUCUCCCCUAUGCAUUUGUGGUCAGAGAAAAUAAGAAAAUGGUGGACAAUCAUGAUAAGGAGAAUAUAACAGCUUGGGAGUGAAGUGGGUGGGACACCUUGCUCAUCACUGGUAUUCUUGCAUUAAUUUUGUUUUUUAGAAUACUGCAUUAAAAUGUGAUUAUCUUCAGUGCUGAGGGGUUUAGCAUCCCCUAAAAUGCUGUGCCUAAAUCCCCGCAGGUGGAGGGGGUGUAUCCUGGGUGCAGAGGAGAGAAAAGGGAAGUCCUCAGAAGAGAAAUGGGAAUGGCUAUCGGCCCCGGGAAGAUAUUGCCCUUAGGUGGCCGGCAGAGAAAGGCCCAGCAACACGUGAAGAAAGGAGGGUUCUGCGGCCGGCUCCUGGACAAGUGUCACAGGGCGGCGGGUGGUGGUGGUGAGGAGUGAGGGGCAACGGAAAGUGUGUGUGCACCACCAAGGGCUCUGCGAGACCCCGAGGGGCAGGAAGGGCGGGGCGAGGGCGUGGCUUUCCGCGGUGACACAAGCCCAUGUAACCGGCCAGUGCCUCGUCUUGCUUGCACGCUUGCUCUUGCGUCAGACCCGGCGGUCGCCUCCUCGCCUCUUGGUACCUGCUCCGGGUGGCCGUGAGGGAGCGCGGGCCGGGGACGACCCCUAAGAGGAGAAGCGAGAGGAGCAGGUCUGCGAGUCGAAGUGUUGCGGCGGCGCACUUGCAGCAAGAAUCAGGAGGAGCAGGAGACAGCAAGGAUAGGCCCAGGAGCAAUGGCGUCCAAAGAGGAACGAGCAAUAGAAAGUUUCAACAUGGAAGAUGCCCAACAGGAAAACGAAGGAGGGGACCAGGCCCCUUUGAAGACUGGAGACGAAUCACGCGACUUGGGAGGGGGCAAAGUCCAGAAGUCUGGAGGAAAUAUCAGGCUGGGAUGGGUUAGACGACUUGUCCCUAAUUUUCGAUGGGCUAUACCCAACAGGCGUAUUGAUCACAAUGAAGUGGGAAAUAAUGUAGAAAAGCAUAUUGGGCAGAUGGUAGAAAUCAAGAGAAAGACUAAGAAGCAGCAGAUGAGACAUCAUGUGCCCUACCAAACUCCUGAACCUGACAAUCAUUAUGAGUUUUGCCUUAUACCUUGAAUAUUAAGAGUUUUCCUGAGGUUAAUAAUGUGGCCUCUGCUCUACAUGCUUGUAGUUUUUGUGAGUUACUUUUUCUGUAAAUCUUUUGGUGUUUCCACUUACCAGUUUCUAACUGAAUACUAUUUUGUCUCAUUGUAUAACUUUCUGUCAGCAGGGCAAUUUCAUUCAGUUAUAAGAAAAAGUAUUCUUUUCAUAAUAUGAAAUUAAUAAAGCAGUUUUAAAAGCAA